AUGUCCCCAACGGCUGUCACAUUGUAUGCUGCCAACGGCUCCCCGAUUAAAGUUAUUGGUGAAACGCGCUUAAAGUUAGACCUUGGUUUAAAGCGAAAGUUCUAUUGGUCAUUUGUCAUUGCCGAUGUGACGACGCCAAUAAUAGGAUCAGACUUCAUCAAAUAUCACGAUUUGUUGAUCGAUUUGCGCCGUAAUCGUCUCAUAGACAACAUCACCGGUCACAACUCCCAGCUACAGCUACCAUCGACCUCAAAAAUCGCCUGUGUUAAACUGUUUUGCACAAACAACCCGUUUGCAGAUCUCUUGCACGAAUUCAGCGAUAUCACGAAACUCUCGACUUACGGUACCAAAACAAAAUCCACCAUUUUUCAUCGAAUUGAAACGACUGGCCAGCCCACUUUUUGUCGUCCUCGCAGAUUGUCCGUUGAAAUACUUGAAGCAGCAAAAAAAGAGUUCAAUUUUCUCACCGAAGCAGGAAUUUGUCAACCGUCUAAAAGUAAUUGGAGCAGCCCAUUACAUAUGGUUAAAAAGAAAGAUGGGUCGUGGAGACCGUGUGGAGACUACCGCGCUCUGAAUGCUCAAACUUUGCCCGACAGAAAGUUUUUGCGCAUACCAUCGCCUACCAAGGAGUUUUACAAGGCAUGA